AUGAAGAGAAAAUCCCAAAGCAUGGAUUGGCUUUGGAGGUUUCUCAAAGCUGUGAUUCGUGGACGCGAGCUUAACGCGGAGAAAAGUCCUAUCCGACUGCAGCCACAUGACCUUGCUCCGAAAUUGUUAACGAAAAUUUGGAAUUUUGAAGCUGAGGUUGAAAUUCUUUCCAAACUUGUUGUCAAAAAAAGAUACUACAGUUCUGUAAACAAGAAGUAUCCAUCUGCUAGGACCCUUGAGAAAGCAGAACCGAUGAAAAAAAUGGGAUUAAUGACGGUGAAGAAAGGAGCAGCAAAACUGUGGCGAUGA